AUGGCUCCCAAAUCCCUUCUCUACUCGCUUUUCUCUUCCCUGACCGUCGCUUUGGCGGCCUCUCUGCCCCAAACCGACUAUGAGGUUAUGGUCAUUGGCGGAGGCCCGGCCGGUCUCAGCGCUCUGAGCGGUCUCUCGCGAGUCCAGCGCAAGACGGUACUUUUCGAUUCGGGCGAAUACCGUAAUGCUCCGACUCGGAACAUGCACGAUGUGAUCGGGAACGACGGUACGAACACACUCUCCUACAAUUCUUCCUACAUCUCCCCCUCUUCCCCACAUAACUCACAAACCCUAGGCACCGUCCCCAGCGAAUUCCGCGGUCUUGCCCGCGAGCAAAUCUCCAAAUACACCACGGCCUCGUUCGUCGACAAGAAAAUCACCUCCAUCACCCCGGUCACCGACCCCGCCGCCAACACCUCCUACUUCAACGCCACCGACGCUGACGGCGCCGUGUACUCCGCCCGCAAACUCAUCCUCGGCACCGGCCUCGUCGACGUCCUCCCCGACACCCCCGGCCUCCAAGAAGCCUGGGGCAAGGGCGUGUACUGGUGUCCGUGGUGCGACGGCUACGAGCACCGCGACCAGCCCUUCGGCAUCCUCGGCGAACUCCCGGACGUGGUCGGCAGCGUCCUCGAAGUCUACACCCUGAACACCGACAUCAUCGCGUUCCUGAACGGCACGCACACCCCCGCCGCCGAGGCCGCCCUUGCAGCCAAAUACCCGAACUGGAAACAGCAGCUCGAGACCUACAACGUGCGUCUCGAAAACGCCUCCAUCGCGUCCUUCGAGCGCAUCCAAAAUGGUGCCGAGCACACGGACGACAAGGGCCAUCAAUUCGAUAUCUUCCGCUUGCAUUUCACCAAUGGCUCCACUGUUGACCGGAACGCGUUCAUCACGAACUACCCGUCCGUCCAGCGCUCUUCGAUCCCCACCUCUCUCGGCCUCGCUAUGAAAGACGGCAAGAUCGAUACUAGCAUUAACCCCGGAAUGCGAACCAGCUUGCCCGGCGUCUUUGCCAUCGGGGACUGCAACAGUGAUGGGAGCACGAAUGUCCCGCAUGCGAUGUUUAGUGGGAAACGCGCGGCGGUGUUCUUGCAUGUCGAACUAGCCAAGGAAGAAUCCGCAGCGGCUAUCGAGAAACGAACCCUGCCAUCCAAGCGUGCCAUGCUCAAGGCCGCCGAGCGCAGCAUGGGCAAUGAGCUAGAGGAGUUGUGGAAACGCGCUCGGGGACUGUAA